AGUUUAUUACCAUUGUAGUGUCAGGCUAUGACGUCGUUCCAAGGAGGCGCAUGACAAAGACAUUAACAGAAUAUAUUAUUUCCUGCCCACAAACACACUAACAAAGUUUAGAAAAUAUUGCCGUGGCUGUGGACUUACAGCAUUUUCAGUGUUUUAUUGAAUUUGUUGUUCUUAUUUGCUUUUAAAAGUUUAAAAGAAACACAUGAACCGUUAAAGAUUGUGUCCGGAUGGUCCCAGCCAGCAUGACUAUAUCGGCCCGAUAUAGGUAUAAUGUCGGAAUGUCGGCAAAAUGUGUCGACGUAGGGCCGACGUCGGGCCGUUGUAGUGCCGCAAAAUAUUGAAAUCGGUAGAUCGACAUCAAUCAGUGUAACUGUUUCGUAUGUCGGAUUGACAUCGGGUCGAUAUUGGAUUCUCUAAUAUAACUAUAUUUUAUAAUAUUUAUAAUAUUUCAAAAUAUUGAUAAACGUGAAAAGUAAUCUAAUUGUUUAUAUGUGCUAAUUUAUUAAGCAAAUAAGAUGUAUACCAAAAUUAAUCGAACUAGGUUCCAAACAAAAUUUGUAGACGGUAUUUAUCAAAAUUUUAUAUGUAAUAAAGGGAGGUAAUAAUUAAGAUUCAUUUUUAUUUUUAUGUAAAAUACCGCCAUAGAAAUAUUUAUAUUUACAAAAAUUGAAAAUAUAAAUAUGUUUAAAAUUCUAACUGAACAAUUUUUAAUAGUGGUAACUGUAUAAAACAUGCAGAAUAUAGUUGUGAAAAAUAUUAUGUCAAUAAAAUCAAAUAAGCAUCAUGUAUAUGAUGCGAGACACAUCAUUUCCCAAGAAAAUUACUCUGAGAAUUUAUAAAGUGUAUAUUUUAAGAAAACUUUUUCACACUAUUUCGCCACCACGACAUGAUCUGCCAAUAUCGGGCCGAUAUCAUUUUGAUGUUAGCCAAAUAUCGUUUGCCAAUAUCGGUCCAAUGUCAUUAUGAUGUUGGCCCGAUACCGUCUGCCGACGUCGGGCCGACAUCAUUCCUAUUUGCAGCCGAAAUUGAAGCCUAUAUCGGGCCGUUAUAGACAACGACGUCGGUUUGAUAUCGGGCCGAUAUAGAAUGCUAGCUGGGGUAAUGUGGCCCGUUUAGUCGCCCAAAAAAAAGAAAGUGUACGAGAACUUUCUACGGACGUCGCCAUUUUUGUAUAAUUACUACUAAAAAGGAGAGCAAUACACUACCUUACAGUAGCAAAUAAAGCAGGUCCUAUAUAAAAUCUUCCUGUUUUUAACUAUAGCAUGCAACAGUAGCUGAUCAAAUUACCGUUACCCGACAGUUUCGAUAUUAAAGCGCGCUGAUAUACGCUACAAAAUGGAUAAGUUUUUACAGCGAGCACUGGUAUAUUCAUGCUGGAUCUUUAUCCUAUUCAACAUCGCUGACUGUCUGACGUGCGGUCAAACAAAAUGUUCAGAUGGAGAACUUUGUUGUAGUAAGGACAAAGGGGAGGCAAAGAAUUGUUGUUGUAAAACCACAAGCACAACAGGAUUCUCUAUACAUUGUUAUCCUGGAACUGUUACAUCUGUAGGAUUUCCAUGGUGGGCAGGUGUGAUUAUUGUUGUUGUGGUGAUUGCCAUUAUUGCAACCGUCGUGUUCUUAUUGUAUAGAAGAAAGAGGAGUCAGACAGCACAGCCCUUUCAACAAAUGUAGAACUGUUUUAGUUGAUAUAAUACUAAUCUGACCUCCCGAAAACUGUUCCUCAAUAAUUCCACACACUGAAUUUAAGUAACUUGUAAAAGGUUACAAUAUAUUAAAACUAUCUGUAUUAAUUAUGUUGAGAAAAACUCGUCCAAAUAUCCCGAAUCAAUCCCGUAUGUCAGCACGAAAUAUUGUAACAAAUUACCUGUAUAUAUCAUUUUACAAACAUAGAUAUAUUCAUAAUAUUGUAAAUUUGAUUUUUACAACGUAAUGUUAUAUAAUAUACAGUUUUAGUAUUACAUAAUGUUUUCUAAUAGUCUAAUGUGUAUACUUUACUAUCAUAUGUUAUUUUAAAAAGUAAGUAUAUAGACUUUUAACUAUUCUAUUAAGGGGCUCUGAGCUCUCAACGACAGUAGUCUAGUAAAAUUAUUCGUCAUAUUCUUAAAACAUGAACGAAGACAUAACACAAUAUAUUCAGUUAUGAUUAUAGUCUGUCAUUCGUACUUUCGGUUUAUCUUUACUUUGUGAAACUUAGUUAAAUUGUAUUUCACAUCACUCCAUAUUCCAUUUUAUUUUCAAUUGCUAUUUUUAAUAUAACCUAUUAUGAGAAACAUUUAAAACAAUUUUUUUAGAUUAAAGACCAAAGGGUUAUGUUAAACAUUGUUUAGGUAGAAACUGGUUGGAGGCUUCGUUUUUGGAACGUGGCUUUCCCUGUUGAAAUACUCAUCAUUCGUUUUGUCUGAAAAUUUUUGGAUGGCUCAUCAGAAAGAGGCUGACCAGUAAGAAUGUACUUUACAUCCCUUAUGAAAGAAAUGCAUUCAAGAACAGUUUACUUCAGAAUAAUUUGUGAUCAAUUUCUUCACUCUAUAAAAAACUUCUGGACUGAUAACAGCUAAAAAACUCACGCAGGGUUUAAUAUUUACUGAUAAAUUGUUUUAGUUUUGGCUAUUUUUAACACCAGAACUAUACUUAAUUCAUUGUAACAUUUCUUUCUUUUUGUAAAUAAGUAAGUAAUUUCCAUUAAUAAAGUAACUUGAAUCCUGUUGUUUUAACAGCAAUCAUUUUAGAUCGUUAAAAUAUCAUUAAUUAUACUUAUAUAAUUCAUAAGAUUGCUGUUAAUUUUAAGCACAUAGUCUCAAUAUAUAUAUAUAUAUUAAAAUACUUUAGAAUUUAUUGUGAUUAUUGUGUACUCUUUUGCAGAACUUUAUUAUUUUUAUUCACGAGACUGAUUUGUCUUUUUCAGUAGUUUUAGCAUUUUACUAACCUGUAUGUUUAGAUAAUUUUAAAGAAUUAAAAGCUAAGUGGCUGGUUUUGAAGCUAAUUCACUUUUUGCGUUAUUGCUAUCCUUUUUUUUUCUCAGUAAAUAUGUCAUCCUGACGUGUCAGCCAUUCUGACUAAAUAAACUGAUACCAUUUAAGUGCUAGACCACUGAUUUAACGAAGACACUAAAUAAACCUUUUAUUCCCAACAUCAGUGAUGCCACGGGAUCGUUUAAAAACGGUCAACUCGCUCGUAGGCAAAAAAUAUUUCCCACAACAUACAAUUAUGACAUGGAUGCUGGAAAGGAAUACACUAUAUACACGUAGCUAAUCUUACAUCAUUUUGAUUCAUAACCAUCCCCACCUGGGAACGCAACAAGGCUUAAAUGCUACAAAAUAUUUAGCCGUGGACAUCAAAUAAUCUAUAUUAUAACUUUUAUAUCCGCAAAUGAUAUACUGGAGUACUCAGACUUUGUUAAAAACUGCAGCUUUUCUUUCAUUUUAUUUUAUUACAGUUUGUAUAUGUCCCGCGUAUAUAUCUAUUGUUGUACUUGGAGAUGUUGUAAAUAUGGUGUGUGUUUAUAACUAGAGAAAGUAAAAUAUAGCUCUUUCA